GUCCCGUGAAACCGAAGCCUAGCUUCUUUCGUUUUCUCAUACGGUAAAAAAAAAACCAGAAAAAAAACCCUAAUUAGAUCGUGAAAUUUCUUACGAUUUCAAGGGGGAAACUAAGGAUUUACGUCUCAUAUGUGAGGAAUUAGCUCUGGGUGGAGUUGAUUGUUCCGAUUUGUUGCUUGAUGAUUAUUUUACAGAUCUGAAACUAGGGUUUUCGACAUGUACGAUGGAAUAUGAGAAUUGGGGAUUUUGGUUUUGUUUUGCUGGAUCGAGUAGUUGUAGAUGGAAAAUAUCGUAAAAAAGAGUGAUGUCUCUGAAAUUUCGAAGGAAUCGAAGUUACUGGAUGUGGAGAGUUUAAAUGUUGAGAAAUCUGGGGCGGCAAAAGAUAGGGAUGAGGGUAAAGGUUUGAAGAGAAAACGCAGUAGAUCAUCAAGGGGGGUGGAGAACAAAGAGGUUAGUUCAGAGGAAGUGAAGAAGAAGACGAGGGGAAAGAAGAGCAGAAAGGAAAUUACUGAUGUUGGUUUAGAAUCUGAUAGUAAGAAGAGUACUGUUGAAGGUCAAAAUGCAGUACAUGGGAACAAGGUUAAUGGUGUUAGUGAAAAGGAAAUUCAUGUUUCAGGGGGUUCGAAUUUGAAGAACACAAAUAGUUCAAACAAUAUCUCUGUGAAAUUUGAAGAUAAUGCUAUCACAAUUCCUAAAAGGCCUCGAGGUUCCCUGAGGAGAAAGAAGUCACAUAACAAUCACAUUCCAGUGAGUGCUCAGGUUCGAAACAAUGUCACUUGUGAUGAUGCCGAGGCAGCUAAUUUAGAUGUCAAGCCUAUAAUUCCGAUAUUUACUUAUGAAUCUAGAGGGAAGAAGCAUAUUGUUGAUAGUAAUGAAAACAUCUCUAAUGGGGGUAAUUCAGCUAGACAUAUUAAGACUGAAAAUGGGGCAUCCGUUGUACAUGUUGCUGAUUCAACAGAAAAGAAGGUUCAUAGAAGAAAACGAAAGGUUCGUGAUUCAGAACCACAGAAUCAGAACUCAGCGGAGCAUUUGAAGCCUGUACCUGAAAAGUCAUUACGGACGAGUGCAAAUUUGCAAGAUGACGAUGAAGAGAAUUUAGAACAGAAUGCUGCGAGAAUGCUAUCGUCCCUCCGCUUUGAUCCUAGCUGCACUGGUUUUUCUGGGAACCAUUCUGUUUCUACGUCUGCGAAUGGUCGUUCAAUUACUCCUGUUUCUGGGGUUAUUUUGAGAUCACGGCCAAACCAUUCAGCUGGUUCAGAGGCUAACUCUGCCGAUGCUGCUGGACGAGUGCUGCGACCUAGGAAACAAGAGAAAGAGAUGGGGCAAUCAAGGAAGAGACGCCAUUUUUACGAGUUAUUGUGCAAGGACUUGGAUGCUUACUGGGUUUUGAAUCGUAGGAUCCAGGUCUUUUGGCCUUUGGACAAGAGUUGGUAUUUUGGCCUUGUGAAUGAUUACGAUCCAGAAAAAAGUUUGCAUCAUGUCAAAUAUGAUGACCGUGACGAAGAAUGGAUUAACCUCAACAAUGAGAGAUUCAAGCUUUUAUUACUUCCCAGUGAAGUUCCUCGUAAAUCUGGUUCUAAAAAUUCGAAAGCAGGAGGCAAACAUGUUGACAAGAGACGUAUGGAGUCAGAGGUGGAUGACAGCGACCUGGACAGGUUUGUGGAUUCAGAGCCCAUUGUCUCAUGGUUGUCCCGUUUGACUCGUCAGUCGAAAUCUUCUUCAGUUGGUGGUACCAAGAAGAGAAGGAAAACCCUGUCUGCACCGAAGAACCAUGUGCGACGUGUAGUUUCUGAUGAUUCCAUCGCCACCCCAUCUGGUUGCUUGGUUGCAGAACCCUCUGGAAGUUAUUUAAAUCAACUAUCAGGUAAAACUGCAGGCCUGGAAAGAUCAAGUGAUGGUGAAACGGCUGAAAAAUCUAUAAUGGGUCACAUGGCUAGGUCAAAAGAAAGAAAUCUUCCUCUUGUUUAUGUCAGGAGGAGGUUCCGCGAUAAAGGAAAAAGAUUGGGCUGGGCAUCUAAGGAGAUUUCUUGUAGCAGAAGUGGCGUUGGAUCUGAUUCAUCUCUUGCGUCUUUUGCUGACAUUGAUACCAUUGAUUUACUGAAAGAAUACGAUAGUACGCACUUGUGGACUGGUUUGGAUCCUGACAUUGUAUAUUGGACUGGUGAGAAUCUUAGAUUGUUGAGAUUCGAUGUUCCUUCUGCGUGUUGGGGUAACAUGAGGUUGAAAUUAAGAAUGUCACUUCAGUGUGCCUCGGGUGUCAUGUCUGUAGGCAAGGAAGUUUUUAUGUGCCAGUUCUUGAUGCUGCUCCACCACGGUAUUUUGAUCACCUUGUGGCCUAGAGUUAGAUUGGAAAUGCUUUUUGUUGACAAUGUCGUUGGGUUGAGGUUUAUGUUGUUUGAAGGUUGCAUGUCGCAGGCAGUAUCUCUUAUAUGCUUAAUUAUGGCUAUAUUUCGUCAACCAAAUAGGUAUAGGAAGUUUGUAGAUCUUCAGUCGCCACUUACUUCAAUUAGGUUAAAACUUUCGAGCUUUCCGGAUUUGGCAAGGCAUCUUGCUUUUGUAUCCUAUAACUUCUUGGAGUUGGACAAUUCGAAGUGGCUGUACCUAGACGAAAAACUGAAGCAGUAUUGUUCAGUCAUAAAACAGCUACCUCUCUCUGAAUGCACGUUUGACAAUGUUAGGGUCAUCCAGAGCAGACCUGUCUCUUCUGAUACUGGUGUGCCAUUUACGAUGGAGGGUUCACACAGAAAGCCAACACGAGGAAUUAUGCACAUGGGGUUCUCCAAAGAGUUUGCUAAUGCCAGCAACAACACAGGGCUGUUAUUAUCUAGAUGUGAUGGCAAGCAUAGAAGUUUUCCUCCAUUUGUUCUCUCAUUUGCUGCUGCUCCUAGUUUCUUUGUUAGCCUGCAUCUCAAGUUGUUGAUGAAAAAAAGUGUUGCAUCUGUUAGCUUUCAGAAGUCAUUGGCUUUGGUAGAAGAUUCAGAGAGUCGUGGGAUAUUGAUGGCUCCUGAUGAUUCAUCUUCAUUCGAGGAACUUGCAGACCAGGAAAACCCUAAUGUGGAGAUUGAUGCUCUCUCCAUUAGCAAUACUGGUAUUGGGAUGGUGCUCUCUGAAGGUUGCCUAUUGGAUGAGCAUGAUGUUACUGAAACUAGUGUAGGUCCUCAUGACUCUGGCAAGAAUGAGAACUCUGAUGAUCGUUCUUCUCAGGAGAAGUCCGAAAGUGGCCACCUCUCUCAUUUAAGUAGUAUUAGAGUUCAGAUACCCGCAGAUAACCAGUUUGGUACACAGUCUUUGGACAGGGGAAGACAAAAUGCCCAACAGUCUACAUCCAAUUUGGUUUGGCACAUGAAUGAUUGCAAUAUUCGCAGCCCUAAUCCAACAGCACCUAGAAGUAGUUGGCAGCGUAGCAGACAUAACUCAGGCCCUUUGUCUUGUAGCCAUCGGUCAAAUAUGUGGCCAGAUGGAAGGACAGAUCCGACCCAUAAUGGCCUUGCUAACGGUUCUAAAAAACCUCGAAGUCAGAUUUCAUAUGUUGUACCGUUUGGAGGUCAUGAUCUCAGCUCAAAACCUCGAAGCCAUCUGCGCAGGGGGCGACCACACAAGAAAAUAAGGGAUGAAAAUGAGAAAGUCAUCUCCAGUGGUUCCAGAAGCCCUCAGAGACAGACAGAUUAUUUCUCAUGCAGUGCCAAUGUCUUGAUUACAGAGGCUGAUAGAGGGCGGAGAGAAUGUGGGUGCCUUGUUGUGCUAGAGUUUGUUGAUCGUAAGGAUUGGAAGCUCUUAGUAAAACUUUCAGGGGUGGUUAGGUAUUCGCACAAGCCUUGUCAAAUUUUGCAGGCUGGUUCAACAAACCGCCAUACACAUGCUAUGAUGUGGAAAGGAGGAAAAGAUUGGACUUUGGAGUUUCCUGACCGGAGCCAGUGGGCCUGUUUCAAGGAAAUGCACGAGGAAUGCUACAAUCGGAACAACAGGGCUGCUUUGGUUAAGAGCAUUCCUAUACCAGGGGUUCGCCUGCUUGAAGAGAGUGAUAUUGUUGCUGCAGGUGUACCAUUUGUUCGCACUUUGAAGUAUCAUAGGCAGCAAGAGUCUGACGCUGAGAUGGCUUUGAAUCCUACGCGUUUCAUGUAUGACAUGGAUACUGAUGAUGAGGAGUGGUUGUCAAGAUAUGAAAAUUCUUUGGAUGUGAGCGAAAAUAAUCGAUCAGAGAUUUCCGUGGACUUGUUCGAGAGGACGAUGGACAUAUUCGAGAGAGUUGCAUUUGCUGAAGAAAGUGAGGACUUUACACUUGACGAAAUAGACGAGAUCAUUGCUGACAUCGGACCAUUUGAUGCGAUUGAAGCCAUCUAUGAGCACUGGCAGCAGAAGAGGCAGAGGUCAAGAUGGCCUUUGAUCCGGCAGUUGCAGCCUCCAUUAUACGAAAGGUACCAGCAGCAAGUGAAAGAGUGGGAAGCGGCCAACCCUAACAUCUACACAAAUGGUGGCAACUUGCAUGGUGUCCCGGAGAAGCCAGCAAUGUUCGCUUUCUGCCUAAAACCAAGAGGGUUAGGCGUCACCAACAAGUUCUCUAAACAAAGGUCACAUAGGAAGCUCUCGGCUGGUGGAAACAACUACAUUUAUCCUAGAGAUCAGGAUGAGCUUCAUGUUCUUGGUAGAAAAUCUAACGGGUAUGAAGAGAGGGGUAUUCAUCUUGGCCAGAACUACGAUUAUUCAGAUGCUUCUCCUUGGCUUCAGACAUCCACGAGGACUAUGUCACCACGGGAUGCCAUUGGCAGUGGAAACCUAUCGAUGAGCAGUGACGGGUCUGAGAGGAGUCAUCAUCAGACUAUUCAUGGAAACAAAUCGAGAAAGAUGAGGACAUUGUUAUCUCCAAUGGAUUCUCAGAUGAUGACAAUGUCUUAUAACCAGAGAACAACAAAAAGAAAUGGAAUGUCUCAGUGGAAUAUGGGUUUAUCAGAAUGGCCUAAUAACCGAAGACAUUACUACAACCAGUCGGAUGGAUUUCCAAGGGUCAAAGUCGAACAAUUAGAUGAUUCUGAUGUUGAUGAGUUUAGGUUGCGAGAUGCAUCAGGGGCAGCAAAACAUGCAUCAAAUAUGGCUAAGCUAAAGCGUGAAAAAGCUCAGAGAUUACUUUAUAGGGCGGAUCGUGCAAUUCACAAGGCUUCUGUUGCUCUUAUGAUUGCUGAGGCAAUGAAAGCCUCAUCUGAGAAGGAAUCGACAGGCUACGAUGAAUAGAAGAUUUUAACAGAUUGCUUAGAUGAUCACAUGACAUAAGAUUCAGCAAAAGCUACUUCAGGUAGUAGUAGGACAAUUUCGCGCCAAGAUAUUUUUGCGUAUGUAUAGAUUUGGCACAUUGUUCUAGCUGAUAUUUAGGUCUGCAGUUGGAGAGAAAAAGAAGAUAUCCUUGGCUGACCUGCAGCAAAAGAAGGCCUACGGGUUUUCUCCUUUAGAUGGAGGGGAAGCAUUUGAUGCUCCCAGAGAAAGCAUGUGUAGAAUUUUGGUUUCUCAUCUUUGUACAGAAUUUUUAGCCAGUUUUAUCCCGCGUCUAUCAAUUGAAUCCACUUACAAAGUGUGCCACUGACGAAGCAUUUACUCUGAAUGGUUGAAUACACCUGAGAUUUCAAACAAAAUAUUCCUUGUCCCCAGAACCCUGAUGAUGGUUUGUACUGAAUGCUCGUUUCUGUUUUGAGAUGUUAUGCAAGUAUUAUCUGUGAAACAUCUUAACAUGUGUAGAACCUUAAAUCUUUUUAUCCCUCGU